AUGAAUGAGUCCUGGUCAUCGCGCCCAUACUUCGAUACUGUUCCAGCGGCGUAUUACGCUCAAACACCCAGCCUGUUCCUCCAAGGGCCGCUCAAUGCAGGUGCGCAGAUUACGUCGAUCCCUCUCGAUACCGCGCCGGACAACAGUAGCCGCGGCUUGGACCCGAGCAUGGCAAUUCAAGACCUGCUCAAUGCGCCAGUUGAUGCAGACGCCUUUUCCCAGUCCGAUUGUACUGGUGUUUCGGUCUCACAGUUGCUUGAGGAGACCACGGAUGCAGAAGAAUUCGCACCUGUGUCUGGCGACGCUUCCCCAGUCCACAACAAGAUCUCCGCACCAGGAUUCAUGCCAAGGGGAGAACCGGCGUGCAUCCACCAUGAUACAGUUCCACUGCGGCGCUCACCACUCCCUUCUCAGUCUACCUCUGAUUCUGCCCUGGACACCUUUUCGACUCAGGAAGGACACACCCUGGACGGCAGAAGGCCCAGCGGUUCCGAUCAGCCUGUCUGGGCGGCGAGUGCAUCUAGCUACGCAGGAGAAUCGAACAAGCAUAGUGUGCAUCGUGACGAUGCUCAGAUAGUCUCAAAGCGUCUCUGCAGGUCGCCAAGCGCGACGGCGCAGCAAAUUCGCAUUUCGACACCGACAAGCGCUUCUACAAACAUGACUGGUGAUACUGCAGUAGUCAUCAAGCGCGAAGCACAGGUCAUUACCAUACCAUACGACAACGGGCUGGGAGAUCGUCUGUCGCCCGUGAGGGUCAAGUUCGCUACCGACGAACAAGACUUCAUCAGUGUGGGAUCAAAGUUUAUCGACGAUCUAUCGCGGCUCGCCAAUCCUGGCGAUCCUGCAUUUCCCGAGCUUGAAGGGGGGAGCAGAAAAGUGUCGUUCCGCGUGAUUUUCCGCGACAUUCCGCCGUCCGAGACCGAGUGCAAGCAAAAGCGCAUACCCGGGAACGUGACUAGGCUCCAGCUCGCCAGAAGCGCAGGGAAGGCAGUCGCUGCUAUCCUCCAGAGACCCGCCAUAAGGAGCACCUCCAUCAAACGUGAGGAAGACGCCAUUGAGGACGACAAGGAACGCCUUGGUAUAACAGAGCGCAAGUCUGGCUCUGUAAAGCCUGAGUGCAGCUACGACACGGAGAACGUCGUCCUCGUAUCUGCUGAAUUCGUUAGCAGAGGGAGCAUCGACCUGGUACUGGGUAUCUAUGAGAAGGAGCACCUGCAUAUCCAUAAACAGGAGCCUAUAGAACUUAUAAUCCGCUGGACAACGGAUAUCCAUAAGGGGCUCAACACCUGUCUUGAUAUUCCUCAGCCCGACAUCGACCGAUUUUGGCAUGUGCAAAACAACAUCCUCAGCCUUGCACUCGUCUUCCGAGCGCGCCGUACUGAGGACCCACGGCAAUUUGGUCGCUUCCUGCCGGCAUCCUUCUACAGCUCGCAUUUCAUCAUGGAUUACUAUGGGGUGUAUAGACUUGCUCAAGGCAUAGAGUUGCUCAAACCUCCUUGUACAGCCUUCCACAUUUUUAUUUUAAAUCCCAAAAAAUCACACUUGAGGUACGAUGUAGACAAGCGUGGUGUGAAGAAGAUCUCAACGCAUCUGUUGACACAAGAAUCAUGGAAAAAGGUGCAGUGCUUCGUGAACCCGAGGCUUGCGAACGCGGCCAUGAGCAACUCUAUACACCCCAUAGUACCUUGA